CUAAAAUAACAGAAUGAAAAAUCUAAAAAAAAUAUAUGAUAUCCAUUACCAUGCAAACUUCCACCGAAAAUUGGUUUGAACCAGAUCUAGUAAGUAGUUUUUUAAUAUGUCAUAAAUGGUACGGAACCCUUCAUGGGCGAGUCCGACUCGCACUUGGCCGCUUUUUAAUUCUAAUUACAUCAUAAAAAUUAAAUCCGCUGACUUUCAUUUAACACAUUUAUUAAUUUGGAAUUCAUUAGCUAUCCAUUAAAUUAAUUUAAAUACACAUAACUAAAAUACGUACUCAACACUUAAGGUAAUAGUCCACUUAAUAUUACGCGAACUACGCAGGCACAUAACAUAUUCCAUCAAUUUAAACGGCCUUGACCGGCGUCUCCAUGCCAUUACACGUAUUGUAUCUUUUGAACAGAUCAUGUUUAUUAGCCCGUUAUCAUUGUGAUUAUGUUCACUGGUUGUUUGGUUUUCUUAGAAGCUGCCUGCCUAUUUAAAUAGUUCUCACUAGCAUUUUAAAUUUUAGAAUUCGACUUCAUCUCGUACACAACUAGACAAAAACUAGUAACAAAUCAAAAUACUUUAUUUAAAAAAAUGUGUUUUAAGACUUUUAAGUAGUCACACCUUAUAAACUGAAAUACACAUCAUAUACCAUUGAAAACGGACCGGACCGGGUGGUCUAGUGGUCAUGUCGUUUGCCGCGUAAGCUGAAAAAGCAGAUUCAAUUCCGGCGUCGGCCACCGGAGGGCUUGGUCACGUUAUCUUUAGCAUAUCAUAACAUCUAUUAUAGUUAUAAUUCACUACACGCAUUCAAUAUUUUUUUAACAUAAGUAAUUGUUUUGGGUAAGUAAAAAAAAAAGUUACGAUUAGAUUCGAUCGGUCUAUGGAUAUCUCGCGUUUUUUCUCUGCUGUCUACACGACCACACAGCUACCGAUACAUUACAGAAACUGUCGAAAUUUUCUUACCCGUUGUAAUUGUUCAAAGAGUAUUAGACUUCGCAGUAGCUAAGCAAUCACGCACACAUGCGUAACGUAUAGGCCUGUAAAGAUAGUACCAUUCAUAGUAGACCUCCGAUUCAGUUACUAGUUAACUAGAAUUCAUAAAAUCAAAAAUGAGAAUAAAUCAGUCGGUAUAAGAUAAUAAGUUAAUAUUUAGUUGCAUGAAGUUUAAGAUGAGAUGAAAAACCUUUACUUUAAAGUGGAUUAUGCUGGAUAAAGAUGCGUUUUCUAGUUGCACUAAGGUAAAAACUAAACAUGUAGAUGUAACUUAGGAUUUAUAUUCUAUCGAGGAAAUUUUAAGCAUUUGUGUUCCGACAUAUAGUCAAGAUACAUAUAUCCGAAAAUCGCGUCUAUUUGUUUCCGGGGCUAGCCACUACCACGCUUCAAAGAUCACGUUCUUUUUUGAUGCAGGGCCUUAAUAACGAUAAUGCCCGCGCGCAAACGCAAACAUACGAUCAAACCAUAGCGCGCCGCGAAAAGCGCGCCAUCUACCCACACAGCACAGUAGAUACAACGUUCGUCACACGCACACGGCUAUGACGCUACAGCAACGGAGCGUUGACCGAGCGCCAAUCAUAAAGGACAAACAGCACGCGUCACUUUCUGACCUUUUUGCGCUUGCUCCACGGCGCUAUGCGUGAACGAGAUGGAAAUAAAGGCAGGUGGUUACAGCAACCGACGUCUCGAGCGCGCCGCCAUUUUUGGUCAGUGAAUCGCUCCUGCGAACUCGAACUGACGCGUGUUUUGGAACUUGUGAUACCUAAUAAUAAACAAUAUAAUUAUGGUGACAGCACCCAACGAUGACUGGACAGAAGAUCUCUGCAUUAAAUUGAUACACGAAUACAGGAAACGUCCUAUGCUAUGGGACCCUAAAGAUCCGUUCUUUUUCAAAAAGGCCAUGAAGCCCGAGGCGUGGGAAGGAAUUGGCGCAGCGUUAAAUAUGCCAGCAGAUGUUUGCAAGCAUAAAAUGGUAAUUUUGCAAUCGUCGUUUAGAAGAGAGAAAUCCAAAAUUAUGCACAGCAUCAGGGACUCACCAGACGAUGCGACGUACACGAGUACCUGGUUUGCCUUCGAAGAAAUGGCGUUUUUGAUCGACAAAAAAUCGGAAAGAAAACGCCAAGCAACGGGAAUGUUAGACGACGGCUGUGAGGAUGGACCUACAGCUAUUAAAAAAUCAUUAGUAGAACAUUACAAUGAAAUGAAAACCGAAAUCAAAAAGAAAGGUAAAAAAUCGACAACUUCCAAGAUAGGUACAGUUCAUCCAAAUGUUUGCCCAAAACCUAGUCGGAAUCAAGUGGCCGCCGACACAGAAGACUUUGCAUCAACAGUGUCAUCACCAGUGCAAGUGGUUGCAUCACCGCCGAAGACUGUGCCACCCUUGUUACCCAUGCCUAAUCGGCAACGAGAUGAUACUCUUGAAGAAAUUAAAUCAUUCACUAACUUCAUAGCUUACAAGAUGAAAAAGUACAGCGAGACCACUAAAAAUUCUGUACAACAAGCAAUAUGUGAUAUUAUUUUUAAGGCUGAUCAAAAUUUUUACGACAAUACAACUUUCGAAGACAAUUUUAGCAGUUAUCAAUCUCCACACAAAGAUGAGGAAUCGGAAGAGGGCGAUAUGGAGAACAGGACAAUUGACAUAGGCAAUGGGCAAGUAAUUACACUCAAAAUGCAUCAUCACAAUUAGUACGACUAAUUAAAGGAUAUAUUGACUGUAGCGGAUGGUUAUACAUAAUUGAUAAUUGUGCCAGUGAUAUUUUGCCUUAAUUAUAAUGCAUCUUAAAUGA